AUGGCACCGGUCCCAGUUCCCAUCCCCCUUUUCGCAGACGCACAGCGCAAACUUUUGCAGAAAGAGCACGAAGCCGAGAAACUAUCGUCAGCUCUUGCAACUAGCUCCACGAAUACCGUAUCUCCUUCGACUAGACGGACAUUACAAGCGACAGGAUAUGCUUUGACUGGUAUUGACCUAGAACAAUGUCGUACUGGCAUGGGCGGGAGAAUUGUCGGCGAAUUCAGCCCAGAUGCCGCCUUUACCAGCACAGAGGCUACUGCUGAUGGCGACGGAGCGCCUCGAUUUGGAGCCCAUGGUAUUCGCGUAGGAGAUGUUGUCCGAGUACUUGAGAUCUCGUCCGGUAGGAAAUCCGGGAAAUCCGGGAAAGAGGCUGGGGGGAAUAAAUCAACAUCAUCGGAUGGAGCCGAAGGCGUCGUGACCAAAAUAUCCGAAAAGGCUCUGUCUGUAGCAUUCGGUCAAACUGGUGGCGGAGCAAAUGCAAAAGCGGAGGAGGAAUCAUUAGAUGAACUCUGGGGCAAGAAGCUUUGGCUGGUCAAACUAGCGAACGAUGUGACGCAUAGACGUCUAAAUCAAACAAUGGAGAAAAUGGAAAAGAUGUCUGAAACAGACCAUACGUAUUUCAUGCGAGUCCUCUUCGGCCACGCAACGCCCUCAUCUCCAAAUUACGACGCCAUAGGUCCAGUUGAUUUCAUCGACCCAACUCUAAAUGACUCGCAAAAGGAAGCAAUAAGAUUUGCACUCGCAUCAAAGGAGGUUGCGUUAAUUCAUGGGCCUCCCGGCACCGGAAAAACACACACAUUGAUCGAGUUGAUUUUGCAACUAACUCGCCGAAAUAUGAGAAUCCUUGUAUGUGGGCCUUCCAAUGUCUCUGUGGACAAUAUUGUCGAACGUCUCACACCUCACAAAGUCCCGAUUGUACGAGUAGGCCAUCCAGCUCGACUUUUACCGUCGGUGCUAGACCACUCUCUCGAAGUGCUUACUCAGACUUCCGAGGCAGCGGAGAUCGUGCGAGAUGUGAGAAAGGAGAUCGAUGAAAAGCAAGCGAGUAUCCGGAAAACAAGGAAUGGGCGGGAAAGACGAGCAAUAUACGGAGACUUGAAAGAACUGCGAAAGGAGUUUAGAGAAAGAGAAUCUAGAUGUGUUGAAAGUCUCGUUGCAGGAAGUAAAGUUGUUCUGGCUACCUUGCAUGGAGCGGGCAGUCAUCAACUUAAGAACCAAAAGUUUGAUAUUGUGAUUAUCGACGAGGCUAGCCAGGCCUUGGAGGCCCAGUGCUGGAUCCCCCUAUUACAUGCAUCCCGAGCUGUGCUUGCAGGCGAUCAUCUCCAGCUGCCGCCUACGAUUAAAUCAGCCGAUAUCGAGGCGAAGAAGAAAUUAAAUAGAACCAAGGCACAGGAAACAGAGAACGAUUCUUCAUCAACUUCCCUCAAAGGAAUAAAGCUUGAGAUCACAAUGUUUGACCGACUUCUCACUCUCCACGGCCCAUCUAUUAAGCGCAUGCUCACGACGCAAUAUCGCAUGCACGAAAAGAUAAUGAAAUUUCCGUCUGAUGAAUUGUACGAAGGGAAACUGAUAGCAGCAGACUUUGUGAAGGAUCGGUUAUUAAAGGAUUUGCCAUAUGAUGUUGAAGAAACAGACGACACCAAGGAACCUCUCAUUUUCAUAGAUACACAAGGGGGUGACUUUUCUGAGAAGGCCGAAGACGAAGAUAUAACUAUCAAAGGUGGUUUACUCAGUGAGAGUAAAAGUAAUGAAAUGGAGGCAAAACUGGCUGUUAACCAUGUUGAGAGUUUGAUCGAUGCCGGUGUCCGACCAGAUGAUAUUGCGGUAGUAACGCCGUAUAACGCGCAAGUCGCUCUGAUUGCGCAAUAUUUGAAGGAGAAAUAUCCAAGUAUCGAAAUCGGAAGUGUGGAUGGGUUCCAGGGCCGCGAGAAAGAAGCUAUUGUUGUCAGCUUGGUUCGCAGUAAUGGGAAGCGAGAGGUCGGAUUUCUCGGAGAGAAGCGUAGACUGAAUGUUGCCAUGACACGUCCAAAGAGACAUCUUUGCGUCUGCGGCGAUUCUGAGACCAUUAGCAAGGGCAGCAAGUUCCUGAAGAACUGGAUGGAUUUCUUGGAAGAACAUGCGGACCUUCGCUAUCCCGAUGCAAGCGAGCUCCUGUAG